AGGAAGGCAUUUAAUCGCAUUAGGGGUGGUAAAAACCCCAAACUGCAGCUGUGCCGCGAUUAUAUGACCUGACCUGAUGUUAGCCCGGAUUGGCAGGUAUCAAAAGAAUUUGCAUAGAUUCGACCUGUGCUCCUUAAAAGCCGCUGCACGAAUGCAACCGAUCACAGUUACAAACUGAAACGUCUAACGUGAAGAACGCAAGAGAAAUAAUUCGAAAUGGUGCUAAGCAAUUCAACGCCCAAUAAUAAUCACAAGCAGCAGGAGAUUGUCCUGGAUACGGCCGCCAUGAACAGUGCCGAUCUGAGUGAGUUGAUUCAAUUGAAUGCCGAGAUUGAGGAGCGACGUUCCCGCCACGCCCACUAUGGCGAUGUGGGCGAUGCAAGUGGAUUGCUCCGUGCAACGAUGACGAGGGAGGAACUGUUUGAGAUCUCCUCUGUGGAUGAUGAUCAUUUCCUUAGCGCUCUAGAGCAUCAGAACUCCUAUGUGGCGCCGUCACGCAUUCAAAUCACCGAUCUGGACUUGUCCAGCAUUGAGAAUCUCAUGAAAUACUUUGAUGAAGAGGUGCCCGUAUCGCCAAGAAAGGAGAUGGCCGCAACCCUCAACAAUUGUAGUGGAAAAGUGGCCAGUGUCAUUGCCAAAUUGGCAAGCCAACCGGCAGCUCCUCCCAAGCAAAAGCUGGAAAGCUGCAAGCUGAAGAUCAGCGAGUUGAAGCAAAAAUAUGAACAGCAGCCGGAACAGCUGGCAACGCCUCAAGCUGUUCGUGGAGCCGGUAAAACCAGCUCCAUGUUGCCCAUGAAGGUCAAGGAGAUGGCACAGCUCUUCAACUCCAAGUUUAAUCAGAUAGUGGGACGCACCGAGGUCUCCCAAUACGCAAUGCUGCAGAAUGAGCUGUCACUCUCACUCUCGCCGGAAGCGAAGCCUCAACCACAACCUCAACCCAGGCAGAAGCCGCAACAGCAGGAGCAAUCGAUGGUACAUGGACCUUGCCUGGUGGCCGAGGAUGUCUUCCGUGAGCUAAGUGUCAAGGAUAAAGUGUUGCUCUUUAACAAAUUCGUCAGUGAUAUCGCCGCCAAGCAUCCCAAAUUUAAUGAGCAUGCGGAUGAUCUGAAGGCACAGGCCAAGAAGCAAAUGGCACGUGGAGAAGUGAUAGCCGAGCAACAAGCGAGUGUCAAGCAUUUGGCCCAGGAGCUGGAGGCCAAGUGUGCACUCCAAGCAACGCCACCAAAGCCGCUUCCAACAAGUGCAGCCAAAUCCAACGCAUCCUCCUCCGUCACACCCUCGAUGCAUGUGAGCACACUGACGGUGGUGAUCAAGCCCAGUCCGGAGCGUCAUGUCAUUGCCCUGUCCGGUCAUCAGAUGGAGCCACGUGAACAGGCCAACACGCAGAAGCGCAAUCUGUCGGCCAUACGCAGUGUGCUGCCCACGGAGGCAUAUGCUCCGCCCAAGAAGAUCCGACGCACACGUCAGGAGCGUGCCGGCAAUGAUAGUCAUCCAUUUUUUCAAAACGAGCCACUGGAGAGCCUCUUCUACAGCUGGCUAAGUGCCGAGAAUGGUGUGCUCUUUGACAUAACCAGCGUCUCGAACCAGGACCAGACUAUCGAGAUUGCCAGCAGCGAUGAGAUGCCCAAACAGGCCACGAUCAACUCCGAUUAUGGCGACAUAAGCCAAAAGUCAGCCGUCGAGCGCUUGCUCGAGGAAGCCAUUGCCAAGCUGGAGCUGGAGAGCCAGACAAAGGAAUCCAGCUCUGUGGAGGAAAAGGAUGUGGACACGGCAACGACAACACCACCACCAAGCACAACAACAAACACACCCGCAGCAACAACACCAACACCAACAACAGCCACGCCCACGCCACGAAAAAUGAAACGCCAAGCACCGCCAGUUCCAGCACCACGUCCAAGUCUUGUCCAGGCACAGAACAACUGCAUCACAUCGAGCAGCUCCUCGAGUUGCAAGCAGUCCGAUGCCGAUGAGAGUGAAUCCGGAUUGUCUACUUUACCCAAGAUAACCAGCGAUGAAUCUCAGCCGGAAAUGCCAGCAUCGCCAGCCGAAGGGACGGACUUUGAUUUUACCAAACCCGUGCGACCGCCGCGUAAGAAGAAGAUGCGUCGCACUUUAACCUGGAAGAAGGAGAAUUCCAUCGUGGAGGCCACAGCGAAUGCGGUGACCAGCACCGAUUCCGACUCCGACUACAAGCCAGCAGGAUUGCAGGAAAAGAAGAAGAAGCCUACAACCGCAAGUGGAACUACAGUUGCACCACUUCCCUUGGCACUGCCACUGCCGGAGCAGAGUUACAUUGAGCUGGACAAGUCGCUGAUGCGUCAGGUGAAUUCACCGAGAAAGAUCAAGUCGGCUUAUACGUUGACGGUGAUGUCGUCGCCAUCUCCCAAUGCGGACAGCGAUCAGUCGCCAUCGCAGACACCGCGUCAAUCGCUGGAUCAACAGCUGCGUGACAGCUUCAUCGAUCAGGGCUUUGAGACCUGCUCCAAUGAUGCCAUGGAUGGCAGUCCGCUGCGUCGUCCCUCCUUGGGCAUGACCAAUGCGAAGCCCUCGGGCUUUUCCACGCCAGUUAAGGGCCGGAAUGCCUCGAGUUCCGCACAGCAGCAGCUCUUUAGUCCAAUUGGACAGUUGGACAAGUCUCGUCGCAGCUCGUUGGCCAUGCAGGUGAUUCGGGAGGAUCAUCCACUGGACUUGGCUGCCACUUCGGACACUCCGACCACACCCACAUGCAGUGAGCGCGAGUUCUUUGCCAACGCACCGACUGUGGAGAUGAGCUCCUCUCAGCUGGAGGAUGUGCCGGCUAGCAAGUGCUGCUCGAAGUUUUGGAUUAGCGCUGGAGAUUUUACAAUCUCUUUGGACAUUGCUUACAAUACGUCGGAGCGAUUGCGACUGCUGUAUGAGAUCUUUACACAGAAGAGCUGGGAAACCCGUGAGCUGACCUUUGGCAUCGAUGGACACAAGUUUUCCAGGUCGAAUGGCAGCGUGCAGGAGACAAAAUCCAUGCCUGAACGUCCGCCUAGUGUGAAGGGGUUCUCCCAUUACUGGUUUGCCAGCGGCGACCUUGCCGUGCCCUUCAGCGGCAAGCACCUGUCCAGCGAGAAGAUCGAGCGUCUAUUCCACUUCCUUGACACGGAACUCGGCUCCGAUGUGGAGCAGGAGCUACGCUUUGGUGUCGACCAUUUUGAGUUCAGCAGCAUUCCCGAGUUCUGGCACACAACUCCCAAGUUCUCCAUUGAGAGCAACUACAGCAUGCUCGUGGGAUUGCAGACGGGCAACAGCAAUGGACUGGAAGGACGCAGCAAAUACGCCUGGCCGAAUAACCAGAGCAACAACUCUGUCAAUGCCAUUAAGACCAGCGAUCUCGAUCAAACUGAAUUCGAGUCGGACAGUUUUAGCAACAAUAGCGGACGACUCUCCUUCUCGCCGGAUUUGUUUAGCCAAGACUAUGAGGCGGUGCCGCUCGAUGAGCUCUUUGAUAAGACGCUGCCUGUCAUCCGCUCAACGCCUAGGAUCAUGCCCACAGCCAUGACCAUGCCACAAAUGCUUCACACACUGCAACAGCAGCAAACCAAGUUGAAAAGUGUGGAGCAGCGCAUAAGGAACUACGAGUUGCCCUCAAAGCACAAUGAAGCAACGCUGAAACAAUGCCGCAACAAGCCGGAAUAUGCCCAAAAGUUGCGGACCAUUGACAAUAUCGCUCGCAGCAAUGGAUUCCGUGCCUGUUCCAUGGAGGAACUCGAGAGUUUCAUGCAGUUCCUCAUCGAAUAUGCGGACGUCUGUCUGGGCAGUUGCAGUGAGCACAUCAACAAGAUCAUCGAUUCCCUUCUGGAUCAACGCGCGGUCGCCGUUUAAUUCAAUGCAUUUCAAAUAAUUCCCUUUCAAUCUAUUGUAAUUAUAUAUGUAUCUUUUAGGCACUAACAUCUAAUGUUACAAAUACAAUUUUAUUCCUAAUAAACUUUAUGAAAAGUUAAAGCAA